AUGAGGUCAUCUACUAGCAUGAAUUAAUAGACAAACAACUUAUAAAAUAGUUAAUUAAAAAAAAGCACAGCAGCUGUUGAGGAUGACUAGUAGUAUUUUGAUAGAAAUAUUCGUCAGUACUAUGAAUUAUGUGAAAAUUGUCCUAUGAAUAAAUAGUUGAAUCAUGUAUGUAUCUCGCCUAAAUGUCCUUAUUAUUUCAAGUUAGUUUGUCCUUUCUGCCAUAAACAAAAUCAUUUAGUAGAUCCAAUAAUGACUUAUUAAAUCUAAGAUGUUGACUUAUUUAUGCAAGAAAUAGUCAAAAUAACUAGAUAAAAAAAAAACAUAGCUAAAAAGCAACGAGAAAAAAACAAACUUUAUGAUGUUAUUGAUGAAAAAAUAAAAUAAAUCGAUAAUCUAAUUUAAGCAAUAGGAUCAAUCAAAAAUGUACUUGAGUAUAAAAAAGUUGUAUUGGGUUAAGUCUUUAGAGAAUAUGACCUUGUUUAUGAGGAGUUACUCAAAAUAUAUAAGCCAAGCAAUCACUACAGCAGCAUUAAUAAGACAUUAGAUUUUUUAAAUAAAAUGUUUCAUUAUUAAAAAGGUACAGGAUCCAAUCGUUAGUGGUCACUUUAAUGGAAAAAUGAGGCUUUUAUUCAAGAAAACUUCAUUAAACCCUUGGAGGAAAUAGAUUUACACAAAAACAUAGGGCAGAAUUCAUAAAAAAAAUUGGGAUAGAUGAAUACUAUCAGUGAGUCCAAAAAUGAAGAUAAGGGAUCAAAUGAAUCAAGAGAAAAUAUUGAAAGUUAAAAUGAAAAUAAUUAAAAAUUUUAACAAAAGUUUAAUUAGGCAAUAGAAUCAAUUGAAAACACAUUGAAUUAGCUAACAAAUUAUACCAAUAAUUUUUUAAGAUCUUAAGAUUUUGUUUACUUAUCUUCUGCUGGAACUGUUGAAGAUCACAUUAAAGACGAGAAAUAAAAAUGUCUCACAGAAUGCAACAAAAUUUUAAAAGAACAUGAUAUCCAUUUCUAAGUAAUCUAUUCAAAAAGUUAAAUAAUCUAAAGAUAGAUAUAUAUCUAUUACCUUAAAUAGUGGGAGACUUUUGUAACAAUUUAAAAUUAUAAACUGAAUGGGAAUAAAAAUCUAAAUCUUUUUUAUAACAGGAACAAAUUGUAAAUAUUUUUAUUAGUAAUUAAUAGUUUUACAAUAUUUUAUAUAUAAAAAGUAAUCUAAAGAGACAAAUGUAAAUUAAAAGAUAGAUUUAAUAUUCUAGGAUAUUAAAAAGUAAAAUAAAUAACUAAUAAAAAAUAUAGAUAGUAAGAAAUUAUCAUAUUUAAAUAAAUAUUUUUAAAUGCCUUUAAAAAUAAAUAAAUAAAUAAAUAGUCGGUAAAUUAAUUUAGAAUUAAAAUAUUUAAUUUCUUAAUAAAUCUUUAAAAAAGGCGGUAAAAUGAAUAUUGA